ACAUCAAAUACUAUCGAAAUUGUAGAGAGCGACGAAGAAGUAGCUCCGGUAAAAUUGCUUAAAAAACUUAAUAGUUAAACGCGAAUUAUUGCUUAAAAAGUAUUAAAUUGCAGUAAAUAAAUGCACAAGAGUGCUGUUGCUUAAUAAAUUGAAACGAAAAGUGUUAAACUCAAAUAAUAUCGUCGGUUUUUGUGUGAUUUUCAACUGGCCAACAUAAUAUAUACACACACACAACCACACACACACACAUGAACAGAUGUACACAUAAUGUACAUUUAAAAGAGUAUUAUUAUUAUUAUUGUGAACGUGUGUAAAGUGCAAUACACUUUGGCAAAUCGCCUGGAAAAUUGGAAUCACACAUAUUGUUUGCUGCAAGUGAAAGAAAGUACAUUUUUACAUGAGUGCUUCUGCUGCUUCACAAAGGGCUGGGGCCGUUGGCUGCUGCUAGGAGUCGCUGUCGUCGUCGUCGUCGCCGACGUUGUCAUCGCCGUUGCCGUUGCGGUCGCCAAAAAACUUUCGUCUCCGCUGAAAUAUGUAUUGGCAAAUAAAGGCAACAUGCAGCAUUCAUCAGCAACAACAAGAACAACAGUAACAACUACAACAUUUCACCCACUACAACAACAACAUCAACAUCGACAACAACUAACACCAUUACAACUUCAUAAACAUCAUCAUUAUUACAAAUGAUAAAGCUUUGAAACAACUACAACUUAAACAACAAUUGCAACAACUUAUACAUUAAACAACAUCUACAACAUCUGCAUCUUCAUUAUCAUUAUCAUCAGCAUUAUGAGCAAAUACAAGCUUUGAAAUUAUCUGCAAUUUGUUGCUAUUGUUGUUUGUUGCCUGUUUUGUUGUUGCAUUUUGCAAAAAUUGUUUGACAAGAACAAGAAAGAAGAAAAAGAGAAGUAGCAAUUGAAUCCCAAAGUUGCUGCCCAGGUCACCCAGGCGGGAUCAACAACAACAACAACAGUAAAGAAGAAGAAGAAGCGCUUCUCAAGCCAUUGAGGAGCCACACUGGAAUGUUGGAAUACCCACAGCGAUUUGCGCGCAACAUCCCCAAUUCCAAUUCCUCCACUGGACACAACACUGGAGCAACAACAACAACAGCAGGAGCAACACCACCGCAGCUGCCACAGCAUCAAAACUAUCAAAGCUAUCAGAGCUAUCAGAAUUCAUAUCGUCAACUGGCAAAUGGCUCGUCACCAGCUCAUCACCAGCGUCAAUCGUCGCUGUCACAGCAGCAACAUCAACAGCAGCAACAUCAGCUGCAGCAACAACAACAACAACAACAGCUGCAACAUCAUCGCACACUAUCGACAGCAUCCAGUUGCAGUGCCCAGCACAAAAGUGUCACCUUCGGACAGACAGCGUCAUCAUCAUCGACACUCAUCGAUUAUCCCCUGAGCAGCGUUAACGGCAGCGGUAGCAACAGCAACAGCAGCAGCGGUAACUCCUCCAGUUGCAGUGGAGCGGGAGCGGGAGCAGGAGCAAACGCUGGCAACAACGCUGCAACACAAUCAAUGGCGGGCAACAUGAAGCACGGAAAAUCUCAGGAAGACGUCUGCUACGUGGUAGCGAAGUACGAUUAUGCAGCCCAGGGGGCCCAGGAGCUGGAUCUGCGGAAGAACGAGCGUUAUUUGCUAUUGGAUGACUCGAAGCAUUGGUGGCGUGUCCAGAACAAUCGCAAUCAGUCGGGUUAUGUGCCCAGCAACUAUGUGAAGAAGGAGAAGCCUUCGCUCUUCGACAGUAUCAAGAAGAAGGUGAAAAAGGGAUCAGGCUCGAAGACGCUGCCCAAUUGUUCGCCCUCACGUCAAAUCGAGAGUCCAACCAUGUCGCGACGCUUGCCCCCGGAUCCGUCUGAGGCCAUUGGCAGCGCCAUUGUCAAGUACAAUUAUCAGGCCCAGCAGCCGGACGAGUUGUCGCUCACGAAAGGCACCCGCAUCCUGAUCCUCGAGAAGUCAAACGAUGGCUGGUGGCGUGGCCAGAGUGGCAACUCUGUCGGCUGGUUCCCCAGCAACUACACAACCGAAGAUUGUGAUAACGAUGGUGAGAUACACACCUACGCCAUGGCGGAGAAUGUCCUUGAUAUUGUGGUGGCGCUCUACAGUUUCACGUCGAACAAUGAUCAAGAGCUGUCGUUUGAGAAGGGCGAUCGCCUGGAGAUUGUCGAUAGGCCCGCCUCCGAUCCAGACUGGUAUAAGGCACGCAACAACCAGGGCCAAGUCGGUUUAGUUCCACGCAAUUAUCUACAAGAGUUGAACGACUACUUGGCCACACCCUAUCGCAAUACCAGUGGCAAUGCUGGCAACGGCAAUGCCGCCAGCAAUGGCGCCAAUUCCGGCAAUGGCGGCAAUCCUGGCGAUUCCAUGGAGCGUCGCAACGAGGGCAACAACAAACCCAACUCGCAGCCAUCUCAGCCCAUCGAGCGUCCCAAUUUGGCGGGCAAAUCGUGGUACUACGGCGCCAUCACACGCAGCCAAUGCGACACCGUCCUCAAUGGACAUGGACACGAUGGUGACUUCCUUAUCAGAGACAGUGAGACUAACAUGGGCGAUUAUUCGGUAUCCCUGAAGGCUCCCGGACGCAACAAGCACUUCCGUGUGCAUGUGGAGCAGAAUAUGUACUGCAUUGGACAGCGCAAGUUUCAUUCGUUGGAUCAACUGGUCGAUCACUACCAAAGAGCGCCCAUCUAUACAAAUAAGCAGGGCGAGAAGUUAUAUUUGGUGCGGCCGCUGCCAAAGGCCAAUGGCACGUAAAUGCGGUCAAUAAAAUACCAUAAAUAAAUGCGGGCAGGCAGAGAGAGAGACUCCGAUGCAUCUCAUGAGAUAGGACAUAUAUAUAUAUAUAUAUAUUAUAAUAUUACUCGUAAUAUACAUAAUACAACUGGAACAGCAACAGCACACAACAACAGCAACAACAACUACAACAAUAACAACAUAAAACAGCAGCAAAAAUAACUUCAAUGAUAUACAUACUACAUACAUUUAUGGCUAGAUUAUUGUGAAAAAUGUAAACGCAUUGUCUCAAAUUUCAGUUGUAUGCUAAAUUCAAAGGCUUGACAACAUACCGAAUGUAUAUGUAUUGUGUAUAUAUAAAUCGGUUUGUUAAGUGCGAUUUAAUUCAAACAACAAUUUAUUAAUUCGCUGAGCAGUGUAAUAGACAACCAGACCUUUUUGUACUUUUAUAAAAUUACAUUACUUACCACAUAUAUAUAUAAAUAUUAAUGAUUAAUUAACGCUUCGAGAUUGGCUCGCUUUCAAAAUUUUCAACUCGUUUCGGUUUUAGUUACAAAUUUUGUGAUUGCGCUUCUUUUUGUAAACUAUUGUAACGCCAUUUAACUAGGGAAAAAGAUAAAAAAUAAUGCUAAAGAACAAGAUCCAAAGGAUUCUUAAACACAAUUCUAGAUGUCGAAAUGCAUUAAAAGUUUAACACAUACUCUACUCAUACGAUAUUACAAAUUACGAUAUUGUACACAUUUAAAAAAAAGCGCUUUUAAAUUCCCAAAAUACUUGUACUUGAUUUGUAGAUCUAUAUGUAUGUGUGUGUGCGUAUGUGUGAGGUGUGAAGUGAAGAAGAAGAAAAAGCCAUUUGUCUAUUAUCCAUGCGUGUAUGUGUGUAUUUUUGCAAUUGCUUUGUAAACCAUACAAUGUAUACCUAUAAAAUGCUCAAUCCCGGGCUAUAUAAUAAUACCGCAUAUACCAAAAUCAUACCGAUACCUUGGAGUAUGUAAAUAUAUAUAAGCGGAAUUAACAGCACCCCCAACAAAAAAAUAAAACCACCAAUAACCGAACACAGCUCUCGGGUUAGAAAGCUUCUAGAGAAGCAAACCUAAAUUAUUUGGUUUCUGGGCCUCAGCCAGAAGAUAGUUAAAGAGAAAGAUAUGAAGAAGAUUAUCAUCACUUGCCCCCCCAGUCAUUCUUGUUAUUACAAAAAUAUAAUUAACAUCUAACGAUAUAAUCAUAAUAACAAAAUAAAUACCAAUAAUAUCUGCAAAUAGCUGUUCUAGCCGCAUAAUUAGUAAAAACAUAAUCAUCGUACGAAUCACCAUGAAUCACAUGAGAGGAGCCCUAACCCUAACCUCCCAAAAGAACCCUAUAAUACAUAUAAAUAAUAUACAUAUACGCAUAUAAGCCAUACUGUACAGUUGAUGAUGAUGCAAUGCAAUGCUAAACUAAGCACACUUUCACAUACUUAUAUACAUUAUUAUUUAUAUAUUUUACUAGACUCGACCUAUAAUUAACUUCUUAUUUAUUAUAAUAAGUAUAGAAACACAGCGAUUCCAGCUUUAAUUUUGUUUAAUUAUUACAUUUUGUUUGCCGUUCGUUUUAUUUUCUUUGAUUAUUAUUACUAUUGGUUUUGUUUUUUUGAUUUAGAGCUUAAAUGGGAGAGAAUAGUGAGAAGUAGAUACGAAGAUGGUGAGUUUUUUUUUAAAAGCUAGUUGCUUUAAAUGGGCGCUGAAGAUGGUUCAAAAACCGCAAAACGGACUUUCGACUUUAUUUCAAAUGCGAAUUUUUUAAUUAUAUACAUAUACAUAUUAAUAUAAAGUUUAAAUAAUUUAUAGUAAUUUAAAUAAUUGCUAAACCACAACUAGUACUAAAAAAAAACAAAACAUGAUGAGAACAAACUAGAAAUUAUACCGAAACGGAAAUGAAUAAAAAUACAUCAAAUAAAUUA